AGACGAUGAACUUGUUGUUGCGACUCGGGAGCCAAAUGCUGAAAUUAACAGUAUGAGAAAAAGUAACCCUGCAGCUGGACGCGACCUGUAACCUCUGAACUGACAGGACUGAGGAUGGACCCCGCCUUUGAGCGGCACUGCUCGGAGCUGGUGGCCCGGGAAAGGAGCGGACACACGGCGGUGGUGCUGGACAGCCUGCUGUAUGUGUGGGGCGGCUACAUGUCGAUUGCAGAUGAAGAGGUUUUUAUUCCCAGUGAUGAAAUCUGGGUCUAUGACUUGGAGGGAGGGAUAUGGCAGGUGUUUCACAUGUCCGGCGAAGUUCCUCCCUCCAUGUCUGGGACCUGUGGCUCCUCCCUCGGAGGAAACAUGUACAUAUUUGGAGGAUGUGAUGACGGCGGACAGACCAAUCAGAUGUUCUGUGUCGACCUGACAGACGGUCGAUACGUGUGGAAGAAGAUCAUCCCGCUCUGUGGCUCUGCUCCCUCACAUCGAGACAAACUGUCCUGCUGGGUUUAUAACGGAAAGCUCAUCUACUUUGGAGGAUACGGCCAUAAAGUUCUGGCUGAUAUCACCAGCAGGAGCCGAAACUUCAUCCCGGAUGAAACAUCCUGGGUGGAUGAUUUGUUUUGGGGAUGGAACAAUGAAGUUCAUGUAUUUGACCCGGUUAAAGGCAGCUGGGCUGAACCCCAGACUCAUGGCCGGCCUCCCGCUCCCAGAGCCGCCCACGCCGGCGCCACGCUGGGGCGCAGAGGAUACGUCUGUGGAGGCCGAGUCAUGGAAACCAGGACGAAUGAUCUUCACUGCCUAGACCUCGAAUCCUGGACUUGGACUGAAAUAGUUCCUUCAUCCGCGGCUCCGGUGGGCAGAUCCUGGCAUACGGUCACGGCUGUGUCAGAGUCCACCAUGUUCCUGUUCGGAGGCCUCAGUGUCGACUGCAGACCGAUGAGUGACGGCUGGCUGUUUGACGUAGAAACUAAGAAGUGGAGGGAGUUUGAGCAUCCCUACCAGGACAAGCCCAGGUUGUGGCACACAGCCUGCGGCGGCAGAGACUCAGACGUGGUUGUGUUUGGUGGAAGCUGCGACUACAUCCUGCUAGUUGACACGGGACAUUGCAACGACGCUCUUGUUUUCCAGAUGCAGCCACAUCCUUUGUUCAGGAUCUGUGAGGAUUACAUUGCUAAGAAUGUGAGGACCUUGGAGAGGCUGAGAAAGCAGCUUCCUCUUCUUCCUCCCAAGAUGCAAAAGGCUCUGCAGAGGAGGAUUUCUUUCUACCGGCCCUCAAAGAAGCAGAGCAACAAUUAAACCUUCAAAAAAUGCCAAAACAUCACAAUGUCAUAUACGGCGACUAGUUUAAAUUAAAAGACACACUGUGCAGAUAUAUUUAUGGGGUUUUAUUUGAUUAUUUUACAGAUAUACAUUUGAUUUUGUACAGCGUUUGUGUCCAAACAGUCAUGUUCUGUUUAUGUGAUGGCAGUUUAUUAAAUAAGAUGUUUGAAAAUCA